CGUCAUCAUUGCGUCAUAGGAAGGCGCCGCUGACGGUAUAUUGAUGUUGUUCGGUGGAAACGCUUUUCGAUAACAGUUUGAUCGUUACGCUGGUGGUCAAACAUGGGGAAGUCUUUUGCUAAUUUUAUGUGCAAGAAAGAUUUUCAUCCUGCAUCAAAAUCCAACAUAAAGAAGGUAUGGAUCGCAGAGCAAAAAUUAACCUUCGACAAGAAGAAGCAGGAGGAGCUGAUGCAGGCUUACGUGAAGGAGCAGGAUACAUAUAACAACAGACUGCUUAUGGGAGAUGACCGUGUAAAGAAUGGCCUUAAUUUCAUGUAUGAAGCACCUCCAGGGGCAUCUAAAGAGGAGACUAAAGAGGAAGGAGAAUCCGAGUACAAGUUUGAGUGGCAGAAAGUAGCUCCUCGUGAAAAGUAUGCGAAGGAUGACAUGAAUAUUCGAGAUCAGCCUUUCGGCAUUCAGGUGCGGAAUGUGCGCUGCAUUAAGUGUCAUAAAUGGGGUCACGUGAACACGGAUCGCGAGUGUCCCCUCUUUGGCCUCUCGGGGAUCAACGCCAGCUCUAUGGCCAGCGAUGAAGCGGGUCCGUCGAUGCACCCCUCCGAGUUAAUGGCGGAGAUGCGAAACAGUGGGUUCGCGCUGAAGAAAUGUGUCCUUGGGAGGGACAGCACCAUGAGCGAUCCGGCGCAGGAGCUCGUGGCCAGCGAGGAAGAGGACGACCCUGAGGUGGAGUUCCUGAAGUCUCUGACGACCAAACAAAAGCAGAAACUGCUUCGAAAACUUGACCGUCUUGAAAAGAAAAAGGAAAAGAAGAAAAAGAGUAAAAAGGAGAAAAAGAAGAGCAAGAAGCAGCAGAAAAAGAAACCAGCCAAGAGUGAGAGUUCAUCCGGCAGCUCCUCGGACAGCAGCGACGACUCCGAGGAUGAGAAACCCUCCGGAAAGAAAGCCAAGAAGAAGAGCAAGAGGAAGAGGAGGACCUCGACCGGCGACGACGGCUCUGAGAGAGAGCGCUCCCGCAGUCUGGACUCCAAGCGCACGCGUCCCAAACGCAAUGAGCACAGGGUUCAGAGGUCACCGGACGACAAAGAGAGAGGAAGUCACCUCGACACAACAGCGCACCGCAUCUCAAGGCUUCCUCUUCCGCAUCAUUGAGCCAGAUAAAAACACUGAAUCCAGGCACCACCAACGCUGCCAUUUGCCCUCCUCGCAACACACACACACACACACGCUCACACACACCUGCCAGGACGUAACGUGCAGAAGGAAGACGCGGCCGCUGCUGUCCCCGCUGGAGCAGAGAGGACGUGAGCCUUUGAUGUUCCACUCAAAAUUAUUAAUUCCCCGCGUCAGGUUCUGCGUUUCAUCUACAUUUAAAGUCCAAAUCUCCAGUUUGAGCAAAGCUUCUGCUAUGCAAAUCAGCGCCUAAUGUGCAUGCUGGGUCUGCUGGGGAUGUUUAAUGUAUUAUUUAUUUAUUUUUUGGAGGAAAUUAAUGACAUCUGCGUCAGUCGAUAUUGAUCUAAAAUCUAGAUCGACGCUCCCCGCUGUGCAUCAGAUGAGCUUCAUGUCUUAGCAUGGCCUUCACAUCACUGGGACAAAAGUUUGAGCGCGUGAAGCUAAAUACAAUGUUUGAUCUUAAAAUGAAGAUCUAUUAAAAGUUUAUCAAUAAAGCAGUAGUUCAGUGAUGAUUCUUUUAUCAUUUACUCAUCCUCGCGUUGUUCAAACCCCCAUCACUGGCUUUACUUUGUGGAACUCAAAUGAUCUUUUUCAUAAAACGCCAAGUUAGCUCUUGCUCGACUUCUUUUAAACGAACAAUAAAUCCUUUUUGAAGCUCUCAAAAUCUCAUCGCCCUCGCUGAUAUUAAACCUGGCCGGAUGCAUCAUCUCCAGAUUUGCAUAUGUAUGAGAUUUGAACGACUUAAAAAUAUUUUUCAGCUUUAAACAAUUUUGCACACGCAUAGAGAAACAAAGCUUUGUAGUAGUUAUAGUUUAAAAGAACGUGAUUAAGUGUAAACUGAAUGCAGUGUUUUCAGAAACGUGUCGAUUGCAACGAAAAUAAAGUUAAAAUAAAAAUACAAAAGUUACACUUUAUUUUAAAGCGAUGUUUUACAGUGUGAUAACACAAAGAAGUGCUUUGAUUAACUACGUGCACCUUUUAUAGGACUAGGGUUAGGUUUAGGGUUAGUUAUUUAAUUAUGCAGAAUUUACUGUUAUUCAUAAUGGACUCGCUAUAUUAAUAACUAAUGAAAUGUAAAUCACUUGACCGACUGAUGCAGGACUUAAGUACCCUAAAAUAAAGUGUUACCAGUGUUUUUAAAUAUACAAUAAGUUUUCUUUUUAAACAUAGGCCUACUAUAAGAACUACAAGUGCACGUUUAAUACAGAUAUGCACACUUUUUUUCACAAGCGCACUCACAUGAAACGGAGACUCCAGUCAUAUCAGCCAACUAAUAAAAGCUGAUUUAUUUUCAUUGAAGAAGCACAUUUGCAGCACACCAGACAAACUUUAUCAGUAAACCCCCGUGAGCAGAUAAUUCCAGUCAAAGGAAUUAAUGCUGAAUAAAUUAAACAUAUCUGAUUAUGUCACGUUUCUACAAUUGCAGCGGUAAUUUAAAAUAAGAAGCAAAUUACUGUGCAACAUUCACUUUGGGUUUUUUUAUAGGUCACACUUUAUAUUAGGUGGCUUUAAGUACACGCACUUUAAUCAAAGAAUGAGUACAAUGUAUUUUUUGGGGUCAUAUUGUGUGCUGAUAUUGAGGAGGAUGCGGGUGAGGUUGGGGACGGGUUUGGUGGUACGGGUAGGUUUAUGGGUGGGUUAAGGUGUAAGAGAUUUACACAAAAUGCAAAAUACCUCACAUCUCAUGCAAAACGAAGAACUGCAUUCAAAACGUCACAAACAUCUGAGAAGCAAACAUUUGCAAACGUCUUUGCCGUAGAUCUUUGCGCGUUGCAGAGAAUCGUGUGCAGUGUUUUGCGAAGUGUUUCAUAAAAUUGAAAGCUGUGUCAAAAAUCGAGAAUUAGAUUACAGAUUCGGCGUGUGCUUCUGAUGUUUGAGUGUCCGUUUUCAGAAACUGUGUGACAAGAUUUCGUGUGUAGUGGUUGAAAUAACCGCAGCGUCUCGACCCCGAGGCAUGUUAGCUGGGCUCUCAGCUAAUUAGAGUAAAAGCAACACUGUUCCCAGAACAGACAGUUUAUUGAGCCGCAGGAAGUGACCUCAGCGGCUGAAGAGCACUCAGUGUUUUACUGCAGGUCACCGAUGAUGACUGAUGAUGUUCAGGGUCUCCUCCCUCGAGUGGCACCAAACAAACCCCGCCCCUCGCCGACUUAACCCCGCCCCCAGCUCCUCUCAUCACAGCUGUGCUCUCACAUGGUUUUCAUUUCCCAUUAAAAUGUCUCAUUUCCAUACAAUAUCAAAGACCAAAAGAGACUCAAAAACUUGAAAAGACUCAAGAAACUUGAAGGACUGGAAGCCAGCACAGUAAUUCAGAUCAUAUGGAAAACACCAAUGAAUCACUGCGAAUGAUCUCGUUUGAGCAUAAUCGUGUUUUUCUUCAGUCUUUGGUUUUGUCUGGAUUCUGAUGCCCUUCUGUAGAGAUGUUUGGGAAAAUAUUUCGAACAUGCUGUGUUAAUUUCAAUUGCUUGAUUGAGCCCAGUAUUUGAGUUAUGACUGACAAAGUAUAUUAGCUAAGCAUUUUGUUGUUUAAAUCUCUGAUUUUUGUGGGUGAGACAUUGGUCUUCCAGCGAUUUUACUGCCAAGUGCAUUGUGAAUGGCUGCGCUCGUUUAUUUUACAUUAGAAAACUAGACAAUUAUUUUCUCUCUUAUAGACACCAGAGGUUUCUGACCACAUUAAAUAAAGCUUAAAAAAUUUGAAAGGUGACAUGUAAGAGUCAUAGUAUUUAAAUGGAGAGCCACGUUAUUUACUGUGUGGUUACACGGUUACUCUUGCUCUUAUUUGUUUGGUGAAACACUUUGUCGUAAUUGGAAACACAUGAGAGAGACGUUCCAAGAACAUCAUGUCAGGAUAUUUCAGAAAAGUCAUACUUAACCAGCAUUACCCAUAAUGCAUUGCUGAAAACAGCAUGGUAGAUUGUAGAUGGAUCGUGUUUGGAAUGACGUACUAUACAAUUUUCAGCGGUAUGUACGCUAUGAUCAUUUCUGACCACAGAAUAACCAACAAUGUUGACCAAAAUAUGGGGUAUGUAACUAGAGCUUGAUUCUUUAUUUGCUUAAGCCGCCAAAAAGAUAUAUAAGCACACUGUAAAAACAUGCACGUACACAAUAAGUGCAUUGUACCAAAUGAUUAUUUUAAAUGCAGGUACAUAGUACAUAACCACCUAAUAUAAAGUGGGACCCAAACUUGUGAUAUCUGGAUGCCACUUACAUGUAACAAAAACAGCUUGAAAAAAAGGUUCACGCUUUAUUUUAAGGUGUUCUUGUUAAUGUGUAAUUAUACAUUAAGUACUGAGCAAUAUUAAUUAAUUACAUGUACUUACUAAAGUCAUGUAUGCAUGAUUAAUUGUUAUUAUAAUGGGUGCCAAAAAUGUUUACCAAGGCGCCAUUACCCAUAAUGCAACAAUCGAACCUGAAUGGGAAGGCAGAUCUGCCUCUGAUUGGCUCAUCUGUGUGCAAUAAUUGGCAGUAAACCCGACUUCCUUUAAAGAUGACCUAACGCAGAAUGACAUUCUUCUUUUUACUGUGUCUGUUAAUUUAAAUGAAGCUGUUUACACAAGCCAUAUAUCCACAGGGCCUCGUGAAGCCCCGCCCCCCGAUACAGACAAACACCGAGGGGCUGAGACCGAACCCAUGUGGCUCACUCGAGGACUAAACAGGCGGCGCUCGUCGUGAGGAAACCAAUAAAUGAUCUAGAACAAGUUCUAGGUAACGAAGGGCUACAAUGCUUAGUAGCGGUGCAGAUUUUUUUUUAUAUGGCGAACCACACGCACAGGGUUGUGGGAAGACCUUCAAACUCUAACCAGAUGAAGGCAGGUUAGAUAGGACGUUACGCAAACCGUAGACUCAGACGUGGUUUGUUACCUUCCUACUAGCAUUUUUCUGUUUUUUAGGCAUCGUCUGAGUGUGUCUAAAGCCCAUAGACACCGAGGGGGACAAGUCCUUCCACCCAGUAAUUAUGAAUGACAAAUGUUGCAUUUGUAGGCUGCCUCGUCUCAGUGGUCUGACCAUGCUAAUCAUGAAUGAAGACUGGCUUCUUAAAGCCCCUCCCCCCGCAGAGCAUGCUUUACAUGCCUUCUACACAUAUUUAGCGGCCGAUUAAAGUAACAAAUAAUUCACUGUAAUAAAUAAAAAAGUUGAGAAAUAUUAAAAGUUUAAUGCUACUAGCUUCAGGACAUUUUUGAGUUUUUUUCUACUGCUUGCGUUCGGUUUAUACAACAACAAAACCGAAAAAAAGUUUUCUCAGCAAGAGCUAUAGUCUUGUCAGUGACACGUUACAUUAGGUGGCCUUAACUACUAUGUACUUACAUCAAAAAAAUAAGUACAAUGUACUUGGCUUGUCUUAGUGUUUGGAUUAGUAUCAAAGGGUGACUCCGUACCAAAAUGAAAAGUUUGUCAUUAAUCACUUACCCUCAUGUCAUUCCAGACUCGUAAAGGCUGUGUUCAUCUUUGGAACACACUUUAAGAUAUUUUGGAUGAAAACAGGUAAGCUUGUGACUGUCCCAUUGACUGCCAAGUAACGGUCAAGGUCCAGAAAAGAAUGAAAGACUUCAUCGGAACAGUUUAUCUGACAUCAGAGAUUCAACCUGAAGUUAACGAAGCAAUGAAAAUAAACAUAACAACUUAUUAGAAGAUAUUAAGCAGACAGUCUGCUAAUACUCUAAUGACUCUUACUGACAGUCGAAACACUAAAGUGCACAAUCAAGAUAAAGAGUUACCUUAUUGUAAUCUAUAACACACAUAAGCAUUGCCUAUUAAUAGUUUUUUUAAGCUUUUAUUUUAAAGUCUUGGACUGCAGAGGUUGUUCAACAUACAGUAUUUAACAGGAAAACUCACUAGUCCACUUUUAUCACCUCACUGUGUUUUAAUGCAAUCUUUCUGCAAAAAAAGGCCUUAUUUAUUUUGUUCAAUUAAAGACUGAUAGAGCUGUUGAAGCGUACGCGGUUAAAACAAAGGCGCUUCGCCGUUCCAUAAAAGAACCUUCUUGUCUAAAUGGUUCCAUAAAGAAGCUUUAACAAGAAUUCAGAUUCAAAGAUGGUUCUAUUGAGUAUAAAAAGGUAAGAAAUAGAUGGUUCUUUGAUGAACAUUUAACUGUAUGGUUCUUCUGUGGCAUCUCUGCGAAGGAGCUUUGAAGCAUAAAUAUGUAUUAUUGAAGUCAUGCAGCUGUAAUGUAAUUCGUUUAUAGCUGUCUGCCUUUUUUUACGUCUGCCAUUGUAUUUACGCUUGAAAAUUCAUAAAAGCGAGGAUUAUUGUUGAGGAAACGAGGGUGACGUGAGCUUCCAGACCGGCCUACGACGACACAAGUACGCCGCUUCGCCCCAGACAGGGAGCUGAGAGACAGGAGGAGACGCAGCACAUAUGCUAUACCAGCAAUGCUUGUUUUCUCCUCCGGCCGGGCGACGAAUAAAUCACGUGACUCGUGACUUCUGGAGCAUCCGUCACGGACAGGAAGACGUCUUCAUGUGGCGCGUCUGCGUUUCUGUGUGUGCGCGCUAAGUGCAAUAAAUCUCCCUGAGCCGCUCGUGGAGGAAAGGUGAAGUCCCAGAGCCGGAGGAGCUCCGGGCGUUUCUUGCUCUCGAACAAUGCGGAGAUCAAAGGGUUGAUCUCUGACAGCUGAUGACUGGCUUCCCAUGGCCGCUUCACCAAAGGAGGCUCACACCUGCAGCAGGUGAUUACAGGUAGAUUUGCCUGCCUCUAAUUGGACAAUAAACACCGCUCUCCGCCCGCUAAUGGCUGCAGUCUGCCUCUCAGACGCCACGCUGCCAUUUGGCCGUCGCCAGAAGUCUCCUCCGCGAGGCCACCGUGAUGACACAUUUGAAGAAAACUGACGGAUAACUGGCAAUCUCAGCCUUUAAGACAAGCUAGAGAGAAAAGAAUCAUUGGUUUUUGUCCUCUCUCUUUUGUUUUUGUAGCUUGAAUGCAUCCUGAAACGGUCGGGUUAGUUUUGUUCAUCUGACUGACACACGCCACAGCAUUCCUGCGAAGCCCGUGCUGGAUCUCAACGUAACGAUUUUGCUCUGUCUAUGAAUAUGUUUGGAAUAUAAUAGCAUUACCGUGUUGCUUUGGAAAUGUAAUGAGUAGUUGGUCCCACUUUAUAUUAGGUGGUCUUAACUACUAAGCACUUACAUUUAAACUAACCAUUAACCCACUUAUUGUUUACAUGUGUGUUUUUACAUUGUAGCUAUAUGUUUGCACACCUGCAUGUAAUUACGUAUGUUUCUAAUUUCUGUAAUUACAUUUAUAAUUAUACAGUUGACCCAUCCCUUACACCUUAACCCACCUUAAACCUACCCAUGCCAUCAAACCUGUCCUCCACUGCGUCUACCUCUAUAGCAGAAGAAGUGUUUUGCAAUAUAAUAUGAAUACAAUAUGAGUACAUCGCAACUAGUUAAGAGACCCUUACAUGAAGUGUCACCAGAUUAGUAUUAGGUAGGAUUAUGAAUCAUUUUAAAUCAGACUUUGGGACCUUUUUUUUUACAUUGAGACCAUUCUGACUUUUGAUUUUUACAUUUCCAGCGCUGUGUUUUUGUCACUCAUGGUGGCCGCUCUCAUGUAGCCUAAAGCUUUCUACUUUAAUGUGGAUUAAUGUAAAAGGCAGAUUCAAACAAAUGAACCAAUCAAAAGCAUCAGAAUAGCGCCACUUUAUUAAACAGCCUUUAAAUGAAAGAAAGUAGCGUGGAAGUCAAAAACAGGCAAAGCUUUUUGCAAUUAACUGCAAUUUAAUUACAUAUUUUUCUAAGUGGAUUAGAGUUACUUUUAUUUUGUGUUAUUUUUAUUUUGUUAUACGCAUGCUUGCUUUUUUAUAGUUUACACAGGGACAUUGUAAAAACACACCCAUUUUCAUAAAAACACAUUUUCUGAUUUCUGAUUGUGUAAAUGAACUGACAAAACACAUAAAACAUUUUUGUUGUUGUUGAAAACACUGUCAUAUAAACACCCCCUAAAUUUAUUGUUCAGAACAGACCUGGAACGAAAAGUACAACGCAAAGAUAUUAUAAUUAUAUGCAUUAUCAACAGCAUGACUUCUAAACAAGCCUGAACAAAUGCAUUUAAAGGGGAGCUAAUAAAUCUCCUUCCUUUGAAUAAAACUUUUUCCACAUUAACUCAACAACAGCAAACGCUCCCAAUCAUUCCCACAGUUUCGAAACUGUCGUGAAUUUUGUUGAUCCGUUGAAUUUUGUUUCCGUACUUCUCCUUACAUUUGGUCUGCUUCUAGAGCCCAGUGACAGUGUUCAGAAGUAGACGCUUUUUAAUAGAUCGUACCUUGUACGGAUGUCUAUGAAAUGAGCGCUCAUGACAGAGCAGUAAUAAAGGCUCUUCAGCGGGA